AUGAAGCCGCCGGCCCAUCAUGAUCCGGAGUGGUUCAAAAUCCCUCAGGAUAUUCGAGACGUACCAUGGAACGAUGCACCCUAUGUUCAGGAAAUCCAUGUCCGCGGAGGCAUUGAAGCUGUCGCAGACACCCUCCUUGGUUUUGUCAGACCCGAGAUCCUCCAACUACAGGGUCACCCAAUCUGUAGGGAAACCCUUGAUGAAGUUCGAAGCAUGCAAGAUGAUGAUAAAGACUGGGACGGGAACAUGGGCUACAUGGACUACAUCACUGAUGCAAGACACCGGAACUAUAAGAGAUGUUAUGUUGGACAAUGCACUGAUGGCGAGCGUCGGAUUCUCAGACAGCAUGUUCAGGAUAUACUACAAAAGUCGCGCCAUAAUCUGCAUCAUUUUAUUGUCUGGAUGGGAAACGGACAAAGAAAUGUCAACUUUAUCCGACUCUGGGCUUGCCCAGAGUCCGUCACGGAGAGCGGUGAAGCCUCCAAUCGGAAUUGGGUUAAAGUCCGGAUGAAUCUUCUGGAAGCUCUCUUUUGCAAGGCGUUUUUUACUCACCAUGGAAUUAUGAACCGGCAUGAGGGCAACAGGCUUCUUCAACUGAAGAGCUUUGGCUUAAAUCUUAUGACCCCACUGGCACAGAAUGGAGUCAAGUUGGACUACGACAGGCUGAAAUUCGUUCAUGAAUCUGAUGCUUCCCCAGACCCUCAGAUUGUGUUCUGGGGCAAGUUUCGAUCACAGCAAAAAAGUGAAGCGAAGAGACGGAGGCUUAGGCAGCUCAAAGCUACGCGUCAGAUUUUCCGAUGUGAUUUCAACCUUGCUUUGCAGAAAGCGUUGCAUGACAAUGUGCUAUUCCAGGAGCUGAAGGAGUCGAUGACCAAUGUCAGCGGAAGCUCGCUAGGCGAGUAUGACUCGACGGAAAAGUUCUCGGAUAUACUGCUUCCAUGGGCACUCGAGCGCUGCAAAUUUGACGAGACAAAUGUCCUUGUUUGGACGUUCAAUUUCCGCGCAUUUUCUCCAAUAAACCAAAACAAUCUCUCAAACCGCUUUGAGGAUACCCGCCAUCGUCACCAAGAAAUAUUAGAUACUAGCAAUGCAAGAAUCAUUAUUCUUUGCGGCUCUCGUGCUGAGGAGGCACUACAGUUUGUCCCCAAGAUUCGCUAUUCUCUUGAAUUACGAGGUUUUCGUUUCUCAAUCUACAUUGCAAACAGCCACAUAUCCAGUGGGGUUUCAAAGCGUCUAUUCAUUGUAUGCCCAGUCUUACCCGCCCGAAUUUGGUCCAAUAUUCGAUGCAAUGGAGCAAUGAUCAGCGAAGCAAUUCGAUUUGCCACCAGUAUGCUGGAGCUUGAAGGAAUUCGUCCUUACUCUGUCAAAACUUCUUCAAUCCUGGGAUCUAUCCUUUCGUGGGCAAGAAUGGAGAAGUUAGGAAAAGAAGCUGUUACGUUAGAAACGAUGGACUUCAAUGUUGCACUCUGGCUUAGCCGAAAAGGAAUCGGCUUUAAGUGCCUUGAGGAAAUUGUGAAGCUGUCUGGAAACCUUCCCCGAGCACUUUUGAUGAUACUGUAUGCUUUGAGACGGCAAUUACAGAAACCAGAAUGGUUUACCAAGCGACAUUUACCCUUUGAAAACCAAGAUGAGCAAUUACCACCCAAAAAGAAACUCUGCAAUGGGGCUUUGGAUAUGAAAUGUUGCAAAGAUGUUGAGAAGAUCGUCAAGAAGGCCACAGAUAAAAUUGAUGAAGAGUAUGCGCAGAGGCUACAAAGCCUUGUUGAGAAACCUUCCUUGAUCGCUGGACCCCAUGCCUCCCAAAGCCCAGAAACCGACGCACAGGAUAUAUCCAGUGACGUUGAUCUUUUAUUGGGCAAACAGCUACCAGAUUCAAUGAUUCUAAAGAAAGUUCAUUCAGAGAUCCUACUGAAAAACCCCAAGCCCAUGACACCAGAAGAAUACAAGCGCGACAGCGAGCUAGACACAGAUAUUGCAGAUCUUGUGCCGCUUUGCACCGAGGCCAUAGACCUCGGAAUUCUGGAGCCAAGUCUCCGACGAGCGAAACGAACAAAUCGCGAGAAGAAAGAGGGACGUAUCUGGAAGAAUCAGGUCAAUGUCUUUCGCGACAAAGAAUACUACUACAGAGCUAACCCGGACAUUGAUCAACACCGAACAAUCUAUGUCAAUUAUUGCCCAAUUGAGCUCCCACGAGGUGAAGACAUAGGAGAUGGAACAGUUCAGGUGAAAAUUGAAAUAACCCCUCCAGGCGAAUCUCAUCCUCAAUGCUACUCCACUCAAGCCACCGACAUGGAUCCAUCAUGUUGCCUAGCAUUUCAGGUGAAAUACAGCCCACACAACGGUCCUGAUAUUACAAAAUACGUUACGCAUUCGAGACUGACGUCUGUUUGGAAAGCCAACACCUUUGUCGACGUUCUCAGGGGCAAACCGAUUGAGGAGAUAGCCUGUACUCCACGACGGUAUAUCUACUUCUGGAAGGAUAGUCGCAUUCCACCUGGGCUUGAAAAAUUUGUGGGUGGCGGUUACACUGAUGGAACCCCUUCUGGUCAGUAG